AUGGGGCGAGAAUACUACGAUCAUAAGGGAGGCUUGCGGUACGUCUGCUGUGAGAAAUGUCGCGUCUAUCUGACCACCAAAGAUGAGAUGAUCUCCAGCAAAUUUACAGGACAGACCGGACCCGCCUACUUAUUUGAUAAGGUCUGGAACAUCGAGCAGGGCGAGAUGGGCCUGCGCGAGAUGAUGACCGGAAAGCACAUCGCCCGAGAUGUCCAUUGCCGCCGUUGCCAGACACGCCUGGGGUGGAUGUACGAAUUGGCCUAUCGAGAAGAUCAACGAUAUAAGGAAGGAAAGACGAUCCUAGAGAAGCAACAGAUCGUUUGGGUGGAGGGACUGUCCGAUGGAUCCGACGCUGCAAAGUUCAGCGGCGAGCCCGCGGCUCUCCCGGUCAACAUGGAGACGAAUGCAAAAGUUCGUGAUCUGAGUCCUCACCGGGCCUCGUCGGACGAGGCCACUAAUAUGACGAUUCUGCCGAACCGUCAGCUAGAGCAGCGAAAGAAGGAGCGCGAGCGGAUCAGGCGGAAACCGCUGUUGAUGAGAACCCAUUCCCGGGAGUCAACGAGUGGCUCUUCGCGUAACUGGCAAGCCGAUCGUCUCCCCAGCGAUGGCGGCGGUCCACAUAGGAAAAAAGUGCUUCACGACCGUGGCGGCAGCCGAUUGCCGUCGUCGCACAGCGGCCUGCAAUCCGUGGGAGCGGCCCCAUUCCGCUCGCCGCCCUCGCAGCACAAUUCCUCGCACAACAGCGACGAUGAGGGCUCUCAGCAUCGCCGCUUGCCUGCCGACCCGGAGUUGGAGCGUAACUUUGCGGAAGCGCUUCGCACCCAGCGCGGCCUCCACAUCCGCGAGAUGGCCGGCGAUGGAAAUUGUCUGUUUAGGGCUGUCGCGUACCACAUCUACGCCGACGAAGAGAUGCACGGUGAAGUACGACGCAUGUGCCUCAACUACAUGGAGCAAAAUCGCGACCACUUCUCGCAAUUCGUCACUGAGGACUUUGCCGGCUACCUGGUCCGCAAGCGCCGGCUUAACACGCAUGGGAACCAUCUGGAGAUUCAGUCCAUUUCUGAGAUCUACGCGCGCCCGGUUGAGAUCUACGAGUAUAGUAUUGACCCGCUGAACGUGUUCUCGCCGGAGCCACGGGGCAGCCCGAGCAACCAUCAUCCCCAGGCGCCGAUUCGGCUCAGCUACCACGAGAACUGUCACUACAAUGCUGUUUACGACCCGCAGAACUCGACAUUCGGCGUCGGACUUGGCCUGCCGGGUCCGGAACCGGGACAUGCCGACCGUCAUCUCCUACAGGACGCUAUCAUUCGCUCGGAGACGGCAGAGCUGGAACGCGUGAUGCUGGAGGACAAGCUGCGGCACAGCGACUGGCAGCUGACCGAGGACGAGCUGGCCCACCAGAUCGCGCAGACCUCGUACAUCGACUACCUGCGUGCCACCGGAAGCGGACAGCGCCGCGCUUCGCCUCCGCUUCACUCGAAGAAACCGUCCGCGGCGGCGUCACCGAUCGCUUCGCCACAACGCCUUGAGCCGGGACGACAUCGCCAGCCGCCACCGAGUCCAAGUCAGGUUUCGCCGCACCCUGGAUCUUCUCGAACUGCCGAGCCUUCCCGUCAAACGACCCCUCCCCCUGGACCGAGUCGCCAGGACGCAAGGCCCGGUCUCUACGAGGAGCUGCUCGCCAUGGAAGCGGUCACCAACAUGUCGCCUGAACGCGCCGAAGACCGUCUGCUGGCCCAGGCGCUGCUCCUCUCCCAGCAAGACCUCUACAAUCAAUCUGCCGCCGGCUCGAGUCGCCAC